AUCAUUGUGGUCCAAAACCACUCGGAAGUGACGUCAAAAUGACGUAUACGCAAACGCGCUGCACACUUGUCGACUGAUCGAGAUCUGUGGUCGAAUCGAGUUAGCGGGAAAAGCGUCUGCUUUGUUCUGCACUGUCAUACUGACCGUGUAUGUUGAGUGGUUGUGUUUUCGCUAUCGAGCAAAAUGUCUCAGGUGUAUGAAAACAUCUUUCGUGACGCUGUGAAAGAUUUCAGAAUUUCGGAGGAUUGCCUGAUUUCAGGCUAUUGUAAUUCGUUGGAGGAGGUGGAAACACUUCUCGAUCAGCUGAAAACUGUGGGGUUUUCAUACUGCGUGAGAAGUAGUCGUUUUAAAGAGCCUUCUUCAGAUGUUAUGAAAAGUAAAACAAAGCAUUUCUUCAAGCAAAUGCAGGAACAUGUCCCUAUCCCCUUUUUUGGUUGUGCAUUUGCAGUGGAGAGUGUGUGGUCGAGGCACUGUGUUUUGGGGCCAAAAUACUAUAAAAGUAAAGAGUCUAGUGUACCUGAGCACUUGGAAGACCAUGUGACUCCUCGUAAGAGAUUGAGGAUCAUGGAUACUAGAAAAUCCAACUGCCCAGCAACUUUAAAUAUGAAGUGUAUAAGGGUGUAUUCUGAUUACAGUAUGCACUCAGCAAAUGAACACAGGGAUACCAAGGCAAAAGUUCUUGCAAGUCUACAGAAAGAUUUGGCAUUGCCAUGCCCACCUAAGAGCUAUCUACAUUAUUAUUUGACUGCUUCCCCAGCAAGUGCACACACACAUGCUACUGAAAGUGUUGAAGCAAGUGGGUACAUACAUCCUUCACUUGUAAAGGAAAUCAAAAACUUAGUACUCAGUGGCAUGACAUCUCUCAAAGUCAUUAAGUUGGCUCGAGACAGAUUUGUUGAAAUCAAUUUCACUGGGACACACAUACCAGGUCAAAUGAAUACUACCUUUUACCCCACAGAGAAAACUAUUUACAGUCACAUUUAUCGGACCCUUUAUGGUACAAAUAAAGUAUUGUUUGACGAGACUAGACUGCAGAAUCAGGUUGAUGAGUGGCACAAAGACUCGAGCAAUCACAUGAUUUAUUAUAGACAUUGUACGGGAGCGAAUGGAGAAGUGAAACCAUUACUUUUUUGCUAUCAGAGCAGUUGGCAGAGAGAUCUUUUGAAGAAGUAUGGGGGUAGUUGUUUGUUAGAUGCAACAUACAAAACAUCAUCAUAUGAUAUUCCUUUAUUUUUUAUAGCUGUGAAGAGUAAUAUUGAAAAUGCAAGAUCCAUUCAUGAAGCACUAGACAUUUUCAAGGACUGGAACAAGGAUUGGAAUCCCCUCUAUUGGGUUACUGAUUUCUCGGAGUCAGAUAUAAAUGCAAGUGAGCAAGCAUUCCCUCAGACGAAAGUUUACUUGUGCCUUUUCCAUCGAAAACAGGCAUGGGGAAGAUGGUUGAAAAAAAAGGAUAAUCUACGUGUACCAAAUGACAUGAAGACAUUUCUGGAUAUGUGGCAAGAAAUUUCAGAAUCACCAACAGAGAGAGAAUUUAGAGAUCGCGUAGAAGAGUUGCGAACGCAUGAGGUUUCUCGGAGAAAAGAGCGUGCAUGGCCAUACUUUCAACAGCAAUGGCUAACGGUAUGUGAAAGACGGGUGAAAGCGUAUGAGGACAAGGGCAGAUUUGCAACUAUUGACACUACAAAUGGAGUUGAAGCAAUGAACAAGGUUAGUGGGGUUUUGAUAAAAUGCCAGGAAGUUAUGACUAGUCCAUUAAUCUGUCUUGAUGAAAUGUAUGGGGUGGGCUUUAGAAGUGGCUCUUCAGUAAUUUCAUAUGAAGGCAGUAGUAGUGACGAAGCUGUUGAGGAGGCAGUUGAAGCAGCUGAGGAGGCUGUCGAGGUUGAGGAGGCUGUCGAGGCAGCAAAUACAGAUGGUGUUGUUCAAACCCAGAAUAUUCCUUUGCAGCAGUUUGAAGCAAGGGAGCUGUGUAAACAGAUUUAUAAUCUCACAUACAACUGCAGCAAGAGCGAAACAUUACAAAAAGUACUUGAAUCACUGAGCAACUGUGUGCAAGAUUUGCAAUUAGCAAAUCCUGAAGUUGGUGGUCUCCCAUUAGCAGUGCCAUCAACUUCCAAACAAUAG